AUUCCCGCUAAUAGAAAAUGGGACUCCGGAAUAGCUGACGUUACCAUAUCCUCCCCACGGCGACCCCGAAACUCCUGCAAGUCCAAGCUCAAACACUCCAAAACCCUAGGACUAACAAUCCGAUCCUCUUCCCCCUCCCGAAACCCUAGGAAUGCUCCUCCGCUUCGCCAUUUCCCUUCCCUCUUUUCCCCUCCAACCUUACCAUCUCUCCACCUCCACCUCCUCCUACUCCCAAGCUCGUCUAGGGUUCGGCUCCUCCACCCUCUCUCUUCGGGCCGACCAGAAGUCUGGAGGACCGAUCCGAUGCUCGGUCUCGCAGGUCCACAGCUAUGGCACCGUGGACUCCGAGCGGCCGCCGGCCCUCCGGUGGAGCUCGCUCUUUCGCAGGAUCUCUGCCAGGGAGAACACCAGCCUCGGCUGCGCUGCUGUCCUGCUGCGCUGGGAGGAAGAGGAGGGGCAGCUCAACAAGUGGGAGCUCUGUCGCGUGGUGAAGGAGCUCAGGAAGUUCCGCCGGGUCAAGCUCGCCUUGGAGGUUUGUGAUUGGAUGAUCGCCCAAGGAGACCGAUUUAUGUUUACAUCUAGUGACAUGGCAAUCCAGGUGGAUCUGAUUGCCAAAGCACAUGGCAUUUCACAUGCUGAAGAAUACUUCUCACAGCUUCCUGAUACGAUGAAAGACAAGCGCACGUAUGGUGCUCUUCUAAAUGUCUAUGGCCAAGCUAAGAUGAAAGAGAAGGCAGAGGCUAUUGUUGAGGUAAUGAGAAACAAAGGAUAUUUAACUGAAGCACUAUUUUUCAAUGUGAUAAUGACUCUAUAUAUGAAUGUUGGAGAACAUGAGAAAGUUAAUAAGGUCAUUAAUGAGAUGAAGGAGAAGAAUGUUUCAUUUGACAUAUACUCUUACAACAUCUGGAUAACAAAUUGUGCGACCAUGGGAGAUGCAGAGAAGAUGGAACGAGUGGUAGGGCUGAUGUCUUCAGACAAUGGCAUCAAUGCAAACUGGACCACUUAUACUACACUCGCUACCAUGUAUAUUAGACUUGGCAAUUUUGAGAAGGCACAAAGUUGCUUAAAAGAUGCUGAACUUAGAGUGACGGGCAGGGAUCGAACACCUUUUAAUUACCUCCUUGGACUUUAUAGCAGCAUAGGAAAGAGAGAAGUCUAUCGAAUUUGGAACUGGUACAAAUCAAGUUUCCCUAGAAUCCUGAAUAUGGGUUACCAGUGUAUGCUUUCUUCUUUGAUUAGGCUAGGGGAUGCUGAUGGAGCUGAAAUGAUCUAUGAAGAAUGGCUAUCCAUGACAUCAAGCUAUGAUCCCAGGAUCUGCAAUAUUCUGCUGGGUUUGUAUGCCAGAGAAGGGCUUCUUCGUAAGGCUAAGAAAACUCUUGACAAUUUUUUAGAAAAAGGUGGAAAGCCAAGACCGAUCAUGUGGGAGACCCUUGCAGAAGGCUACAUCAAGGAGGAACAAAUUUCUGAGGCAUUAUUGUAUAUGAAAGAAGCUGCAUCAUUUGAAGGAGUAAAUAACUGGAGGCCAAAACCCAAAAACAUAGAGAAACUCCUGGCACUCUGUAAGGAGCGGAAUGACAUUUCUAGUAUUCAUAUGUUGAUGGACAUGCUUCGAAUGAGAAGAUGCCAUGAAAAAGAGGAAUACAAGUCAUUAAUUAGCACAUACUGUCAGGGUGAUUGAGCAUGAUAAAAGCUGAGCAUCUGAGCAAUGAUGAAGACCAAGAUGUUUGUGAUGUUGGUAUGUCUUGAAAUCUGUCUCCAAGGAACAGGUCAUGUCCCCACAUAUGAAGAUUUUAUUUCUUCCCCCGACAUGAUUUGAAGCAGGGGCAGAAAUCUUCUGGGUUGUUGCUCUGCCUUUGGAAUAUCUGGAAUAUUGUAAGCUCAAAUGGAGCUUGCCAGAUAUGGUUUGUGUGCUUCAGGAUUUUGUCUAAUGGGUUUUGUCAGUUGUUGCAAGGAGCUGCACUGCAGUGAGAGCAAUGAUCGUGUGCAUGGAUCCCACAUUGGGUCAGAGUCUUAUUAAUUCUUAUAAUUUUUUUGCUAUAUGACCAGGUUGGCAAAUGCUUUAUUUUCAACAUUGGUAAAGCUAUGGUCUUUCUUAACAGAUGAGGAACAUGAUGGUCUGGGGGUAGUUUGCCAUUGAAUGUAUCUUAGAACCCAAGUUUCACUGCCUAUAGGAGUGCCUAUCUUGUUGCUGCCUUUCUCUAUCUAUUAUUGCUUUUAAGUUCAGGACAGCUUUCAUAGGUUGGUUUUUCUAUUUAGGUAAAUCGGGCGGCUGACUUGCUUGAGUGAUGGCAUGUCAUCGAAUUUAGUUGUGAAAAUAGAUCAAGACUGAGAGGAUCCUAAUCGGAGAAUGUGUAUUGGGGGGAAAUUGUGACUUGCCAUAGCUUUUGCAAAACCAUGAGUUGCAGCAUGAAGAAACUAUACCCUUUCGCUUAUAAAUGGGUGAUCGGAUAUAAUAAAUGCGUACAAAAAUAUCUUGUUGGUGUUAGCUGCAUUAUUUGGGAGACUGAUGAGCAUCAACCUGGCAGUGAAACAUCUUGUGUUUGAGGCAGCCCAUUCAGUGAUUUAAUUUUUUAAUGCGGUUGGAAUGCCACAUAACUUUUCUUUUGUUUAGAUAUAUUAUUUAUCUAAUUUCAGAAGGCAAGACCGUUGUUUGGCAGGUGCAAAAUCUCUUCAUUUUACUUCUGUAUAAGUUCCUCUAUGGUUAUUAUGUUUCUUGGAUAUUGGAAGGUGAUUUAUUUAAUCCAGUUUUAUAUGCUUGUAGCACUAAA